AUGUUUUCUUUGUCUCUGAAGAUGGCGCCCAUUCACGCCCGAUGCUUUUACAUUAUUUAUUUCGUUUGUUUGUCAUUUGGUGGUUUGAUCCCUCGCUAUCUUGUCCUGGGAUUCUUUUUUUUUAAUAUUUCUCCCCUCUUUCUUUCUUUCUUUCUUUCUUUCUUUCUAUUUACUCCAUAUUUCUUUCUAUUUACUCCAUAUUUCGUCCUUUCUUUCUUUCUUUCUUUCUUUCUAUUUACUCCAUAUUUCUUUCUUUCUAUUUACUCCAUAUUACUUUCUUUUUUUCUUUCUUUCUUUCUAUUUGUUCCAUAUUUCUUUCUUUCUUUCUAUUUACUCCAUAUUUCUUUCUUUCUAUUUACUCCAUAUUUCUUUCUUUCUAUUUGUUCCAUAUUUCUUUCUUUCUUUCUUUCUAUUUGCUCCAUAUUUCUUUCUUUCUUUCUAUCUACUCUAUAUUUAGCCACUAUUUUUCUUGUUUUGCAUAUGAAAUAUCUCAAAUAA